AUGAAAUCUGAUCUCUUUGGGAAGGCCACAGGACGACGAAUACGACACGAAGCUACACGACGUUGCGCAGAUGAAAGAACUGCGGAAGAACUGCCCAAUGAUUUGUGCAAACACAUACUCCAGUCAGUGGUCAUGACGCCAGCUGCCUACAACAGUCGAGAUGAGACUUUCUUUGUUCCUGGCGCAGGCUCAGUGCGUGCUGUAUGUAGACUAGGUAGGAUCUGUGCGAUAGCUGCGAUCCUUGCGGAUGGCCUAGCCACUAUCGACAAGUCGUACAAUCAAUCCAUCUCAUGCAAGGACUGGGCAAGAGAAAUGCUACUGCAGAAAGUCGCCGUGGCCUUUUUCGUGAUUCUAUCCAAGUGGGCCAAAUCAAAGACAGUGUUUGCGCAGUACCGGUAUGCAGCCACUUCUGAUCCUAGCCCAGCACCUGACAGUCUCGCAUACUAUCCUCGUUCGUUCAUAGCCGGGUUUCGUGCCCGAAGAGGCCCGGAGAGGCCGUUGGAAAUUGAGAAGGGGAGCGUGCGUCUACGUGUCUCGAUACCUAGUACUUACAUGGCAUAUGGUACCGACUUGUGGCACGCCCAUGGCAUCGAGUCAGCCAAAUGGGGCCCAGCUCCACGUGUUCCCGCACGCCUGAAUCGCACACGAUUGCCGUCUGCACUCUUGGUCGAUGCAUAUCGAGAUCAGAUCAGUGUUGCUGCCAGGUUGUCGAUUCGAUUUGCGCGCCCUGCGUCUGUGGGUCAAGGUCGGCGGCCAGGCAGGCAUCUAGGUACUUGGCGUAGUAUGUACAUCGUUGUAGUACUUUGCUCCUGGCCGCUGUGCAACACCACCUGCAAUAUCCUUCUCUGUUCCUCCUGCCAUUCAUGCAACUUCACCACUUCUGGCGAAAAGCACUCCACCAUGGCCGUUGAGAAGCCACGCAUCCUCUUGUAUAUCCUGCGUCGCGACGUUCGCCUCUCCGAUAACCCAGUAUUCCAUGCUGCUUCGCAACAAACACGGCUCAAUACAGCAGCGGCUGCAAAAGCUGCAAACCCAUCUCCCCAGUCUGAUCGGCGAGGGCGCGAUGACUCGUUGACCUCGGAACAUGCCAGCACAGAUUUCACCCACCUCCUACCCGUAUACGUCUUUCCCGCCAACCAGGUCGAAAUAUCUGGAUUCCUCUCCAGCCCUUCUGACAAGAAUCCAUAUCCUGAAGCUCGCAGCCAAGUGGCCAAAAUAUGGCGAACUGGUCCUCAUCGCAUACGCUUCAUGGCCGAGGGAGCCUGGGAUCUGAAAAGGAAACUGGAGAGUUUGAAAUGCGGAUCAGGUCUGGAAAUGAGAGUGGGAGCAAUCCCUGACGUAGUAUCCAAUAUUCUUGAAUGGUAUUCGAAGCAAGAGGAUAGCAAAGGCAAGGUAACUGGAGUAUGGAUGACCGACGACGACGGCACAGAAGAGAAGAGCGACGAGAAAACCUUGAAGUCACUCACAGAGAAGCAUAGGGUGGACUUCAAGGUAUACAGAGAUGAAAAAUAUUACGUUGAUGACCGUGAUUUAUCAUAUAAGAACAUCUCAGAGUUACCAAACGUCUACACAUCGUACCGAAAGGCCCUCGAACCGCUGCGUGAUCGCCCACGCAACGAAUUUCCAGCACCGACCCAACUCCCACCAUUACCCGAGCACAUUCCCCCGCAACAACGACCAUUCACAAUUCCCGAUAAUUUAGAUGCAUUGCUGCAAGCGCUGUCAUCUCCACUCGAGAAAGACCCGACGUAUACCUUGUCAGAGCCACCGAAAUACCCAACUGAUGUUCAGUCUGCACAUCCCUUCGCAGGAGGCGAAACAUCAGCGCUUAACCGCGUCUCACAUCUCAUCUCAUCUGGGGCUAUGAGCUCAUAUAAGGAGACGAGAAACGGCAUGCUUGGCCUUGAUUUCAGUACUAAACUGUCCGCAUUUCUUGCGCAAGGACACUUGACGGCAAGACAUGUGCAUUGGGCCAUGUUCGAUUUUGAGGAAGGCAGGGGUCCUGGCAAGGACGUCAAAGGCUACGGCCAGGGCGAGAAUGCAGGGACCGCAGCCGUUCGUUUUGAACUUCUAUGGAGAGACUACAUGCGCCUCUGCAUGCGCAAAUUCGGCGAUCGAAUGUUCCACUUGUACGGUAUUCAGAAUCAAGACGCCAAAGACGGCAAUAGACCACAGAUGAAGAAGUGGAAGAAAUUGGAUGGAUCUGGUGGUGCAGGAGACGACCCGAAGCAAACUUUGGAGGCCUUUACUAGAUUCCGCUCAGGACGCACCGGCGUUGGUCUCAUUGAUGCGUCGAAUCGAGAAUUGUUCGUUACAGGAUACACAUCGAACCGAGCACGACAAAAUGUAGCUUCCUUUCUCGCAUCACACCUGAAUAUUGACUGGCGCAUCGGCGCUGAAUGGUACGAAUGCUUCCUUACUGAUUACGACUGCGCAAGCAACUGGGGUAAUUGGCAAUACGUCGCCGGCGUGGGCAACGAUCCACGGCAAGGCCGUGUGUUUAACCCAGUCAAACAAGCAUUCGAUUACGAUCCAAAGGGCGAGUACAUCAAGGCAUGGGUUCCAGAGCUACGAGGCAUCAAAUUGACCCGAACGGUGGGCAACGGCAAAGAAGAAGUCGACCAACAACGACUGAUGAAUCUGUUCCAAGCGUGGAGGCUGAGCGACUGGGAAAAGAACAAUCUAGGCCUAAAGGGCGUAGAAUGGGUCGAGCAACCAUUGACUAAGAUUCAAUUCACAGUAGGGCGCGGUCGAGGAGGUCAAGGCGAUAAUAGGCCACGAAGAGGAGGGGGUGGCGGACCUGCGUGGCGAGGAAGAGGAAGGGGUGGCUCAAGUCAAGGUCCAAGUCAAAACUACGGCCACGGCAGCCAUGGCUACGGUCAAGGGCAAGACCGGAAUUACUCACAGGGAGGCUAUAACCACUGCCACACAAGACAUGAACAGGGCCCCACGAUAGUGAGCAGUGGGUAG